AAAAAGCAAUGUUAUGUCUCCGUCUCUCAGAGCAGGCGCGUGUAACCCUUGAACGCGAACACGUUCCUUCAUUGCCUCCUUGAAAUCAAUAUGAAGAACGCAACAGAAGCUGCUUCCACUAUCCUCUGAACAAGAGUUUGCGUAAUGGGUCAGCAACUUCGUCGAGCCGUUGGGAAAGUCAAAGAAGUUGAGAGAUUCCCAUCUUCUACAUCUAGGGUCGCCGCACAUCGGAGAUCGCUUCCAAAGGAAGAGCUCGCCGCCGCGAAAUCUCCGUCUACCGCCGCCGUUGACGGUGUUUCUGAUGAAGAAGGUCGAAGAACAACGAGUGAUGAUAAUGUUCUAGAAGAACGAGACCCAAAGUACGAUACAAUGUUGAAUCAAAUGGUGGGGAGGAUUAAGGCUAAACCAGGAGGCAAAGCUGAGAUGGGAGAGGCAUCAGUAGUGGAAAGUUCCAAGAGGCCACUUCCGAAGCUCCGGAACACAACUCCUGAAUCAACAAGGUAUGAGGAGAAACCUGUGCCUCAAGGAACGUUGAACGUGGCGCAAGUGAGACACAUCAUGCUUCUCUUUCAGGGGAAAGCUCAGGAUCAUAGCGGUUCAAUGAGUGUGGAGGAGAUAGCUAAAAACUACAGGAUUGACGUCUCUCAGGUCAAGAAAAUCACACAGUUCCUGUCUUUGCCUCCGGAGGUUACUGAUAAGCAGAAGAAACGAUAUGAAUAAAGGUAAAAAGGCUCUGUUUUGGUUCAUUAUAGAAAGUUUUGUGCGUCUGCGUGUAACACAGAACCAGAGAUGAGAUUUGAUUUUGAUUUUUUUUGUUUUCUUUCUGUGAGCAAUAAUGUAAGACUGUGUAAGCUAAGAAUACAAAGCUUUGUUUUUCAAUUAAGUCAAUGAUUCUUU